AUGGGAAACUUCUUGUAUCAAGCACCAGAGUGUUUUGACCCAGCUGAUCCAUUCAUAGGUAAGGUUUAUCAUGAUGAAUAUUUAAAAUUAGGAGUCAGUGUGAGACAAUAGCCAAGUAACAGAGGAAUAGAUUUCAGUUUAGCAUAAAAUAAGCACAAACCAUUAAAAUAUGAUGGUGAAUUUUAAAAUUUUGUUUAUCACAAAUAGCUUAAAUAUAUUAUUGAUGGAUUAACUAAUUUUGUUCCAAAGGAUAGAAUGCCUAUUAAGGAGGCUUUAAUUAUUUUAAAGGGAAUUAUUUCUUUUGAAUUUUAGUUAGAUGAAAUGCUUAUUGAGACGAUAGAUGGAAACAUUCAACAGUUCACAAGAUCACUCAAAAAUGAAAUCGAGUUUGUUAAAGAUUUGUCAAAUAAGUUUUACCCAAUCAUUAAAAACGAACAGACCUUAAACUAAGAGUUAAAAGAAGACCGUGAAAAAAGAUAAUAUGUUAAUUAAGCUAUUUUAUUCAAAAUAUCAUCAAUAUUUUCAAAAUAAUACUUAAAAAGGAGGCAAAAAUAGAAGAAUUAUAGAAAACAAAUCUCUAACAAUAAUAAAGAAUUAAUGAAUAAGAAAAAACCAUUAAAGAUUUAUUAACCAAAUUAUAAUAAUAUUAGAAUUAGUUAAUGA